AAACAACCCAUACCUCUGUAGUUCCAUCACAGUGGUCCAGCCAGUUAGUUUCUAGAACCAACUGUCCAGCUUUCAGACUUGGCUGUUAGAAGCAAGUUGAAGGUAAACAAUAUAAGCAGUAUAACCACACAACCAACACUGUCAGGGACGUGAAACGUAAUGGAGGCGUAAUAAGUGACUGGCCAAGUGUGUCUGAGCUUGAACGGACAUCACGUGACAAGCCUACCGGAACCAAAUGAACUUGGCCUCAUCCUAUCUAGACGGUUCAGCAGUCUACGGAAACACCGACCAACAAGUAGAAAAAUUAAGAACCUACGACGCUGGAUUGGUAAACGUAUCUGCCUGCUCAGCUUGUCAAACGAAUGCGCUAUACUCCGCCAUUUUGAAGGAGCACAACAGAAUCGCGGUGAAUUUGGGGCAGCUGAACAGGCAUUGGUCGGACGAGAGACUGUUUCUGGAGAGCAAGAGGGUUGUCACUGCUGAGAUCCAGCAUAUUACUUACAAUGAGUAUCUUCCCAUAGUGCUUGGCGAGGAAGCCAUCGUAGACACUGAACUGGAACUGAAGACACAUGGCAGAUUUUCAAAAUACUCCAGUGCGAAAAGAGGAGGUGUUUACAAUGAGGUUGGGAUGACUGCACUUCCCGCGUUACUUUCUAUGUUACCCACCAACAUUAUGAACGAAACUGUAGAAUCCUUCGCCGAAAUGGUAGACCUCCUGAUAACAAACGCCGCCCAAACACCCAGUAUGCACUUCUCGGUGUCUCUGCGCUCCGACUGGGACACUGCAUCUCUAUUUGUCCAUAUGGGCAGAGACCAUGGCAUCCCAUCAUACAUUCGCGUGGUACAAAACUGUACCAACACCACAACCAAUGGCAAGGUUUCCUUCGAUGAUAUGAAGAAAAGUGGUAUCAAGGAUGAAUACAUCAAAGCCUUGAAGUAUCUGUAUAGAGAUCCUAGGGAUAUUGAUCUUCUGGUGGGAGGAUUACUGGAAACCCCCAUUCCUGGGUCGCUGGUUGGACCAACGUUCAAUUGUCUUUUGAAGCAGCAGUUUCAACUAUUGAAGGAGACGGAUAGAUUCUGGUACGAAAACGAUCUACCACCAAGCUCUCUCACAACCACCCAACUGAAGGAGAUCAAAAAGAUAACAACAGCAGGCCUACUUUGCUCCAACACUGAAGACAUGGAUAGAAUUCAACCGAAGGGGUUCGUGCAAGAGGACACCUAUCUGAACGCCAAAAUAUCAUGCGACCAGCACCCGUUGCCACAACUGACUGAGUGGGUAGAAAUGGACCACAUGACGGAUUUGUCUGAGGACAUCCUCAUGGAUGCUAUAUCGAAAGCUGAACAUGAUCUGUUAGAACGAAGGAAGAUGGAGUUCAGGGUUUGGAGUACAGUUGGUGGUGUAAACCCAAAAUCACCUCAAGGUGUGGCUGCUUCCUUCAGCAAGGCCAACAAAAAUGCACUAAAACUCGCCAACACAUCGCUGCUCUUUGAAUUUGCCUCUAACGAGAUAGUCAACAGUCUGUUACAUAGAAGAAGGAAGAGGCAGUUAUUUGAUGAUAAUAUUGUCGCAUCCAUCUUCAGGGAUGAGUUGUCUGACACACUUCAACAGGUGGACCUAGGAUCGCUGAUUCCUCAACAGGCUUUCGAUGUCGACCUGCAGUGCGAUGAUACAGGCCCCUGCGAUCCAUCUUCGCCUUUCAGAACUUACACUGGAUAUUGUAACAAUUUAAGGAAUCCUAAUUAUGGAAAAAGUCUCACUACGUUUACUCGACUGCUGCCCAGCGUCUACGAUGAUGGAGUGUCAAAACCGCGAUCGAUCGGCGUCACUGGUGUUCCUCUACCAAAUCCAAGGGUGGUUUCUCGAGUGAUACAUCCUGAUAUCAGCAACCUACAUAGCAGAUACACGUUGAUGACCAUGCAAUGGGCGCAAUUCUUAGACCACGAUCUUACUAUGACACCAAUCCAUAAAGGUUUCCAUGAGUCCAUUCCUAACUGCAGGGAUUGUGAUAGUCCCAGAUCAGUACAUCCAGAAUGUAAUCCCAUUCCGAUCCCACCUGGAGACCAUUACUAUCCUGAGGUCAACAUCACAUCAGGUGGACGUAUGUGUUUCCCCUUCAUGAGAUCAUUACCUGGACAGCAGCGGCUUGGCCCAAGGGAACAGGUGAAUCAAAAUACAGCCUUCCUGGACGGAUCGCAAAUCUACGGUGAAAAUCAUUGCGUAUUACGUGAUUUGAAAGGUCAAUUUGGUAAAAUGAACGCCACAGCUCAUCCAGUUAGAGGAAAGGAACUUCUGCCCCUUACUGACAAGCAUCCAGAGUGCAAAAGUAAAUCAGGACACUGCUUCGUUGCAGGUGACGGCAGAGCUUCCGAACAGCCAGGUCUAACAGCGAUUCAUACAAUAUUUAUGAGGGAACACAACAGAAUAUCCGACACUUUACGUAUGAUUAACCCGCACUGGAAUGAAGACAAGGUCUUCGAACAUGCUAGAAGAAUAGUCAUAGCUGUGAAUCAGCAUAUAACUUACAAUGAGUUUCUUCCUAGGAUAUUAGGUUGGAACGCGAUGAACCUCUACGGCCUGAAACUACAUCCUCAUGGCUACUACAAAGAGUACAAUCCCACAUGCAACCCUUCCAUAGUAAAUGAAUUUGCAUGUGCGGCAUUUAGAAUUGGGCAUUCGCUAUUGAGGCCGCAUAUUCCACGACUCAGCCAUACAUAUCAGAUCAUCGAGCCACCUCUUCUACUUAGGGAUGGCUUUUUCAAGACCGACAUCAUGAUGAGAGAGCAUAUGGUCGACGAAAUUGCACGAGGGCUAGUGUCCACACCGAUGGAGACACUUGAUCAGUUCAUUACUGGUGAGGUGACGAACCAUCUAUUCGAAGAUCGCAGGAUUCCAUUUUCUGGAGUAGAUCUCAUAUCCUUGAACAUUCAACGUGCCAGAGACCACGGUGUACCCUCUUACAAUAACUAUAGAGCUCUGUGUAACCUGAAGAGAGCAACUAGUUUCGAAGAUCUGGCCAGAGAGAUACCUCCAGAGGUCAUUGCUAGACUGAAACGGAUUUAUGCUACCGUGGACGACAUUGACCUCUUUCCUGGUGGUAUGAGCGAGAGACCUCUACAAGGAGGUCUGAUUGGACCUACGUUUGGAUGCAUCAUAGCUAUUCAAUUCAGGCAGUUGAGAAAAUGCGACAGAUUUUGGUAUGAAAACGAGGAUCCUGUAGUACGAUUUACGGAAGCACAACUGGCUGAAAUGAGAAAAAUUACACUAGCUAAAGUAUUGUGCGACAACAUGGACAUAGAAGGUGAAAUGCAAAGAGCAGGAUUCGAUCUGCCAUCAAAUUUCCUUAACCCUAGAGUUCCUUGCCGAUCGCUACCCUCUAUCAACUUGAAUGCUUGGAAGGAGCAAAGCCACGGUGAAGGUUGUAUUAUUGGGGACAAACAAGUACAAGUCGGAGCGUCAGCAUUCCCCAGUCCUUGCACAAGUUGUGUAUGCACACAAGAAGGGGGUAACUGUGCAUCUCUCCGCAUCACAGACUGCAGACAACUGCUUCGCGAGUGGUCGAAAGACGCUAUCCUUCAUGACGAAGUGUGUACUGCCCAGUGCGGUUUCCUCCUUAGGGGUCCUCCAGCACCAUUCUCUGCCGUAGGGGGUCUGAGUCCGCCCCCUCCACAACACCACACGAGGAGCACCAGGGGCGGCCGGCCGCCUAGGGGUCACCACCAGGGUGUUGGGAAUGUAGGGGGAUACGACCCCUUCGCUGGAUUUAAGUUCCCGGAUUUGACGCCGUAUAUUGCAAAGUGAUGUCAAGGUGUAGGACGAUCCAUAAUGCGUUAGUACCGCAAGAACUAGCAAUGUAUGAUGCUACGUGAUUCUGAUCCGAUGGAUUAGGUCCGAAAGAUCUCAUUCUUGGAUGUUUGAUACUAUUGUAAAGUAAAUACCCGUAAAUCUAGAUUUACAUGUAUCUGCAGACAUUGCUAGCUCUGCAUGCAUAAGAGCAAAAAGCAAUGCUUUCCAGUCACACAUCAAAGUAUACGGAGGUUAAGAAACAUAAUAACAGAGAUUUAGCUUAACUCAAAAGUGAAUGUUCUUUAACGUUAUUUAACAGCCUGUUUGGAGGAGUAUCAUUGAUACUUAUCAUGUGUAUAGAGAUGACUGAAAGAUGUUAUCAAUUCUUUUGUCAAAAAUGCAUCUUUUGUGCAUUUUGUAUGCAUUUUUUGUUCAAUCGUAACAAGUUAACACAGCUCUGAAAUUGUAUGUGUGCACUACACUUUUUCGUGGAAUUGAGCGAGUGGUUCAUUUUUUCUUACUAAUUUUGUUCUCCAUAAAAUCUUUACUUUUCUUAAAAACUGAAUUUGCUGCAAAACGAGUUUUCAUAAAGGCAAAGAUUUUUUAAAUAAAAAUAAAACUCAAGAAAAGUAAUUACCCGCUCAAUAUAAAAGUGGAAUAUUCAUACGCAAUUUUAGAGCUGUACUAUUACAAGUUACCAUUAAAGAAAAAUUACACAAUAUAAUGCAUUUUUUUACGAAAAAGUGGAUAACAUUAUUUUUUAGUCAUCUCUUUACACACCAUGAAAUAAUCAGAUGAACUGUAGUGAGAAUACUCCUAUAAACAGGCAGUUGAACCAGAAGGGUGGUGUUGCUUUAGGUAACUGGGCAAAGUACAUAGUACAUUAAAUCUAUGUUAGAAGAACUACAGUGGUUGAAUAUAAAAAAAAACAUAGAAUAUUUAGUUUUCAUUUCAUUUGAAUAUUCAAAUUAAAAAAUCAUUAAUUACAACCACAUUCAGAGAACGUCACAAAAUUAAUUAUCAUAACUACGAAACUAGACGCAGUAUAGAUUUUCAUCUGCAAAAUUGUAUUAGAAGCAUAACUAGCAAGUCUGUAUUUCAAAAAGGAGUAUCUGAAUUUAAUAAAUUGAAUAAUGAUAUUAAACAGUGUUCGAAUUUAAAAAUUAAGGUAAAAUUAAAAAAUCACUUUAUCAAUACUCAAAAUGCAUAGUGGUAUAAUUUUAAUAGACAAGAAUGGAAACUUACAGAAAAUGGGUUAAAAAAUGUGUAAACGAAUAAUCAUACCAAAUUGAAUUUUCAGCAUUAAUGCUAAAUAAAUCUUCAACAAACAAACAUUUUUUACGGAGUGCAUGCAUGAAAUGGCGUGGGAUUUAUAGACCUUUGUCUCUAGUUUAAGUAUGUAUGAAUCGCAUUUUUGUUUGAUAUGGGAGACAAAUGUAAGUCUAUUCAGUUAUAGAAAUGCAUCUCAAACCUUUCUCGAAAAUACAGCUUUCUUACCGCGCAAAGCUUUAAGAAAUAGUAGAUUAUACAUCGAGUAUGCCGUAUAUCAAGCACAUUUUGACAACACAUUGUUUUAAACAUCGUGUUGUGAUUUCUGUGAUACUGCAUUUUCUUCGCGAUAUCAUGGAUUACUCACGCAUUACUCACGUAUUACAUGUGUUAAAACAAAUUGCUAAAAUAACAUUUAUUACAAGAUGGAAUAAAUUAUAGAGUGAAGGAUACGGGGGAAAAAAAGAUGAAUGUCACAAAAAGUAAGUUUGAGAAAAGUGAAUUUAACAGUUUGAAGACUCCUAGACUCGUUGUACUGGGUAGGUAGAUCUGACGGAGUACCAUAGAUUCCUUAUUAUAAGAAAUUUAAAAAAAGUUAAAUUAUGAAUAAAAACAUAUCUACUGAUAUACAAGGUAGCCCAAAGUGAAACCAGACCAAACAUUUUUUAAUGGAAAAUCCUUUUCAUUUUUGUAUUUUGAGAUUCUCCUGAUGAUUUUCUGUGUCAACGUCCAUGCCUGAAUUGAGGCUAGAAAUGAGCCUUUCGUCAUAUGCGGCACCCUGUAAAAUCUAAGGGUUGAUUAACCAGCAAAAUGCCUAUCCUAGGUUCUACAAUCUGUUCUAAUAUGAAAACUGCCUUAACAGAAAAUUUAUUACACAGGGUCUAAAACAUGAGAAAUUUUUCAACCUCAAUAGCUCAAACAAUUAUUUAUAAGUAAUUUUUCAAUUGGGACAGGAAAAAACAAUGAACCAAAAAAAUCUUUAUUCAAAAGAAUAUAGAACAAACAAAACAAAAUUAAUGAUAACUGCUUAAAAAUGAUUACUUAACGUUUAUUUCUCUCGUCGCAGAUUGGUGUAUGGCAAAUACUUUCGGUGAGGAUCAGUGAACGUUCAUCUUUUUUUAUACAUACAACGGCUGUGACAUCCAUCUUUUUUCUCUGCACGGCAAGUUUUCAAUUUCAAUUCAACUACGAACUGUCAUUGUUUUUGCGUCUUUUCGAUACCUCAUGCCUGUUCUAACUACAAAAUACCAAAUUUGUGACAUUCAUCUUUUUCUCCCUGUACCCUUCAAGUAUUCAAACAUCGAACGAUUAUACAGGAUAAUGUAAAUUAAAAUGGAUUUUCUGAUGUAGAUAUAAUAACCCAAUAAAAUUCAUUUGGCAGUACAACUAUGUGAUGAAGCGCCCUGUUACUUCUUUUUUCCAUAACCUCACAGCCUACAGUAAAUGCGAUUCAUGUAAAGUAGAUACACAGUUUUCAACGUCUGCCUUUUUUAUCUGUGUUCGCUGCUGAAAAAUGUUCUAAACCUCUGUCUUUUUCAACGUCGAGUGCUCUAAUCAUCACAGUUAUAUGGUGUAAGGUAUAAGUAUUUUUACUUUGAAGCAGUUUAUCCAUACAUGGUAUAAAAUACAGUAUCGUACGCGUAACAUAUUAUUGAUAGUUUCAUUGUGCAUUAUUUUAAAAAAAUAAAGCUUUUUGGUAUCCCUCAACGGUGAAAUACAAUAUUAAAUAUACUAUAUACUCUUUAUGAGCCUCUUGAUGCACGAUAUUGCCACCUGUUAAUGUUUAGGCCACCCUGUAUUUUGCUCCCAUGGUUUUUUGAGAAACUAUCAACACAAAAUGAAUGAAAGAAUUUUACACAUUUCUAUCAUUUUGUCUAAAAAUGCCCUAUAUACUUACAUAUAACUUCUUUUUUGUUACGAUGGAUAACUUAGCUUAAUGUUACUAUACAAUCUCAUGUUAGAUACAUAUUAGUAUCAUGACAAAUGGUCUGUUUCUGUGCGUUAAAAUUAUUGGAAGGAAUUGCUAUAUUUGCUCCCUAUACUUUGUGAACUAUCAGCCUUGUCCAUUUCUAUUGACUAUUGCUUUUGUAACAUAUUUUGUUUGUUUGUUCAAGAUAAACCAGAAUUAUAUACAUACAAAGCUUUCUUCCAAAUUAACAAGUUAUCUUUUUUCUUAAGUAUUUCCUGAUAUAAUCAAUUUAUGUUAUUUAUCUUCUAUAUUAGAUGUCUUCUAAAAAAACCUAUCGUUCCUCUAUCUGCUAAUCAAAUUUUCCCAGUUUUUUUUAGUAUAUGUAUAUUUUCGAGAGGGAUUAACAAAAUUGUAGAAAGCAUUAUUCUAUUAUAAUACCAAGAAAUAUAUCUCAUUAAAUGUAUCUGGGGAGUUCCGAUAAAAAUGGACAAAUCUGGAUUAAACGUUCUAAUCGAUAUAGUCGUCAUAUGUAUACACAUCUUUGUAAAUACUAUCUUUUCUUUUAAGUGUGAUGCGAGUGAUAUUGUUUUUAAACUUUUGAUAUUUAUAUAUUAGGUGUAACGCGAUUAUACUAAAUAUGGAAAUACCUCGAAUGCAAGUAAUGCCUAUAAAAUUCUUGAUAAUCUAGAAAUAACCAAUAAAACGUGUAGUACAACCAGUUGUAUCAUUGCAUUACUUAGCCCACGGUAAAAUACCUCAUGCUGGCCAUUUAUAUAAUCAACUUCAUCUUCAUAAGUAUACAAAAUUCGAUAACUUAUAUUUUUUGUAUGCCGCGGAUUAAUUUUAUAUUAUGACUAAUCUAGCUAGGAUAUAUUAUUACCAGUGAACUACCAAUGUUGAUAGAGAAAAGUUACCAUUUUAAAAUGUAAUAAUACUGCCAGUAAAGUAGUAUCUCUACCAUUUAACUACUAGGUUCAUGUAUUUUUUACUGUAUCAACUGUAACUACUAGUUUGUAGUCAGCAAAAAUGAUGAAAUAAAAGUUAUUUU